AUUAGUCAUUAGUGGAACUGGAUGCCUUGUUGUUACCUGAAAAAUUCGGCACCCCCCGUUUUCCUGAGGAACCUACACCCUUCAGUGUGCCACUGAGAAGGACUACAAGAUCGACGCCUCUUUUUUUUUUUUCUUUUUAUUAUAGCGCACUUAUCUUCAACCUGAGCUCUUCACGACUCUCGAUCCUUUGAAAUCCGAUUAUCAUCCACGAGCGUUGCUUUCUUAGCUCGUCCUCAUCUAUCCUAACAACCCGCCUCAUCUCAAUUGACGGCGGGGUCCACUACGAUAUGGGAGACGGUUCUGAUUAUCCUAGCCCACGAAGCGAAGGCCAGAUUUAUUGCGACCAUCCUGAGUGUCAGCACGCGCCUCCGACGUUCCGCCGCCCAUGCGAAUGGAACAAGCACAUGGAUAAACAUGACCGCCCUUACAAGUGCUUAGAACCUGGAUGUGACAAGAUUCAAGGAUUCACGUACUCCGGUGGCCUUUUGAGACACCAGCGCGAAGUGCACAAGAAAAACAUAAACGCCAAAAAACCUUUGAUGUGCCCAUAUGCCGACUGCAAUCGCAGCACAGGCAACGGAUUUACGCGUCAAGAGAACUUAAAGGAACAUCUUCGACGCCGCCAUAUGCAUACCGACAACGGACACGCGUCAGAACUAUCUAUUGUGCCAGUGCCUGAACUGGAUGGUACCGCGGCCCUGCCAGUCACCUCGCCUGUCAAGCGAAAACGUGACUCGAUCGAUUCGGUCGAAAUUCCUGACGAAGAAGAAAACGGUGUUGACCUGCGGAAUGAAAUUAAGAGACUGCGACGCGAAGCCCAAAUGAAAGAUCGGCGGCUGGAGGAGUUGGAAAGAAUCGUUGCGGAUUUGCAGCAGAGGAUUCCGCAGACUGCAGUCUCGCAGGGAUAAGUGGGCUUGGAUUGUGGUCUCAUCAGAAAUAUUAAUUUGCAAUGCGUGUAGCUCUUCCAUGAGUUGACAUGUUUUCCUUUCUCU